CCCCUUGACAUCAGGAAACAGAACCCGAUUUUCCUCUCUUGCUACAAUCAUUAGUGCCGGAGACACUGGAAGAGUGAAUUUCUCCAUUCUGCUGUCGGAGUUUGGAGGCAAACAGAGGUGGACUCAGAACCCAAUAUAAGACGGAAUUUGGCGAUCUCCAUAGUAAUUGGCGGAUUUAACACAAUGGAGCCUGCCUUUGGGGAGGUGAACCAGCUAGGCGGUGUAUUUGUGAACGGCAGACCGCUUCCCAACGCCAUCCGGCUCAGGAUUGUAGAACUCGCCCAGCUGGGCAUAAGACCGUGCGACAUCAGCAGACAACUCCGGGUAUCACACGGCUGUGUCAGCAAGAUUUUGGCCCGGUACAACGAGACUGGUUCUAUACUCCCGGGGGCCAUUGGAGGCAGCAAGCCGCGGGUCACUACCCCGACGGUGGUCAAACACAUAAGGACUUACAAGCAAAGGGACCCUGGUAUUUUCGCAUGGGAAAUUCGGGACAGGCUUCUCGCGGACGGGGUGUGCGAUAAGUUCAACCUUCCUUCAGUAAGCUCUAUCAGCCGGAUCCUUCGCAACAAGAUCGGGAAUCUGUCGCAACAGAGCCAGUACGAGUCGAGCAAACAGACGCAUCACCCGCAACCGCAGCCUACGCUUCCGUACAACCACAUCUACUCGUACCCGACUCCCAUCUCGGCUGCCGGGGCAAAAGUACCUACUGGCCCUGGCAUGCCCACCCUUCCUGGACACAUGGCAAUGCACAGGAUAUGGCCGUCCUCGCACUCAGUCACCGACAUUCUGGGCAUUCGAUCUAUAACAGAACAACAAAUUAGUGACAGUUCGUCAUUUCCCAGCGCCAAACUAGAAGAAUGGAGCGCUAUAAGCAGGACUAACUUUCCUCCGGCAAGCUCUGCGCUAAUCAAUGGCGUGGAUAAACCGCACUUAGAACCAGAGGCAAAAUACACACAGACGCCGAAUGGAUUGCCCACAGUGAACAGCUAUGUCACGGCUCCCAGCAUCCCUCCCUACCACCCACCCACCCAAGUGUCGCCCUACAUGGGGUACAGCGCCACCACGUCGGGCUAUGUGACCGCCCCCACAUGGCAGCCGGGCAGUGGCAGUGCCCUCUCUCCCCACAGCUGUGACAUCACCGGCCCGCUGGCCUUCAAGGGCAUGGCGGGGUCCCGCGAGGCCAUCCACCCCGUCACCGCCUCUGUCCUCUGAUGGGCUCUUCCCUGCGCACACAGGGCCAGGCAACGGCGGAUUAAACCAAAGACAAAGGGGGGGGGGGGGGAUUCUCACCAAACGCUCACCCAGAGUGAUCCUGUACACCAUCGUCUCUACUCUAUUUAUAUGGACUUUAAACAAAAAAUAAUGCUCCCGUUUUUUUCUGUUCUUACCUUUUCUUCUAUUACGUAGUAAGAAGAUGUGUCCUAAGCACCCUCCCCAAAAAAUGUCUCGGAUGACAGAGCCUGAGAGUUAAAGUGGGAAAUGCCUCUCCGCGGUGGACACCAUUGUGCCUUUUCAGCAGUGAUCCCACAGGCCCGGACCUGGUGUACACUGGGACUAAGAUCACUGGUGACGCAUUCAACCCAUGUGACAUGCCCACUGGUGAAAAAUCAGUUAAUGGAAAAACGCAAGCCUCUCUGUUUUAAUUGUGUGCACUUCUCUACAAGUUUUUUUUUUUUUUAAGGAGUCUUGCAAAAAAUUUAGACAAAAAAAUAAAGAGUCAUUUAAAACAUUAUGGUCAGGUAAGCUUGCAUUUACGUGAUGCAGGAAAUUGUUGAUGUUUUUGAUAUUUUGAAUUUUGUUUGUUGGUUUUGUUUUUGAAAAUAGAAAGUUUUUUUUUUUUUUGGACAUUUUUUAAAUCUUUAAAUGUAUGCCAAAACUUCUGAGAGAAGUUACCCUCAUUUUUAUUUAUUGGACUGUAUGGUGUGUUCAACAAAGUGCAAUUAUAACCAUCUUCUUCAUCAUGGGAAUUAUGCACACGUAACCACCAGCAUUUUUAUUUGGCGUUUAAUCGAUGUAUUUAACAGUAAAGCUGCACAUUUCCAAACAUUGCAUUAUGAAAGUGAAUGUAUCUUUUUGGCAACAUUUGACGGACAGACAGCUCUUUGUAGAUGACUGGUUAGAAAUUUUCAAAGCUAGCACCUGUUGUUGCCCCCUUUCUUUAUGUUGAACGUAACAACACCACUUUAAAAAAAGAAAAAAAAGCGACGAUUUCAAAUGGAGGUGAGACCAACUAGCCUAUAUCCAAAUAGAUAGGUUUCUUACAACCGAAUGUGUACUCAAGUGCUCCUACAUUUGAGUCGUUACAUUCAAAUUGAGAUUUCAAUAACAAUUAAAAAAUGCUUAUGAUAGCAAGAUUAAUAAUAAUUCUCUAUGUGUAAAUAGCAGCAGUAAUUAUGAAUAUUGUUAAUUGGAACGCAUUUGUCCACUUGUUGUUUGUAAAUACAAAAACCAUAUUUAUUUUCUUAAAAUGCCCCAGAGUGUUGGCGUUUAUGUUUUAGUCUUUCGCUGUCGGCUUCUUCUAAUAGCCAUUGCCCCGGGACGACGUUCUCCGUAAUGUGUAGGCCUACAUUUUGCCCGGAUUUCACCAUCCGAGCUUGCAUCUCAAUGACGAGACCUUAUUACCUUACACUACAAUCAGUAAAUCUAGUAAACCUCCCUUAUCCGCUGUUAUUAUUAUUAUUAUUAUUAUUAUUAUUGUGUCGUGCAAGGUGUAUAAAAAACAUUUCUUGGGUCAAACUCCAAAGUGGGUCGCCAUAGUCUAUCUUUCCAUUUACUUAAGGAAAACCUGAUAGCGUGUGGCUGAAUCCAAGUUUCAUAUGUACACCACGUGGUCUGCCUUUUUUCUCCUUUAAGCAGGUGAUUAAAUCCAUGAGAAAACUAUGCAUUGCUGUGUAUUACCCAAGUGAAAGACGAGCGAUUUUUAGAGAUAUAUUAUAUCAAAGGAUCUAGGCCUAUUUGUCUACUAAUUACUCGGUCAAAAACAAUCACCUUGUGUCAUUCAUUGAAUUACGAUCUGGGCCGAAAAACUAAACUAGUCAGUUUAUGCUAGUCAGUUUCAUAGAGCGCUACCUACAAGAUAAAAUCAGGUGUAGGCUAUCCAUUUGAUAGCCCUACCAUUACAGCCGCACGACUUAUUUAAAUUUGGGUAUAUUUUAUAUAAUCGUCUGUGGCUAAUAAUCAAUGUAAACACAAUUAAAUGCGUUAUUUUUACAGAGUCUUAAUGGAAAAUAAAUGUAAAUGUUUUACGUUGCAUGACACUGGCUACAGUAUGUUAAGUAAAACGCUGCACUUAAUUAGCUGUCGCCACAAUUAACGGUGUUAUCUAACAAAAGUUGAAUUGGGCGUACUAUUUUAAUGUUUUUCAACACAUUGCACAUGUAAACACUGAAAUGUAGCUACCCUCAAAUUGAAGGUUAGUCCACAAAAAUAACUAACGUCGACCUCUGGAUUCCCCCAGACCUGUGCGAUUUAGUUCAGAAAUGGCUUAAGUCCACUAACAAUUAAUUUAUCUUCAAUAUUUUUUUUUCGAAUGCAUAUUCACAUAUAAAUGUUUAUGAAAAGGGCAAUACACAUGGGGAGUUAAGAGACGAUGACGAAGAAUUCGUUAGGCCCAAUACGAGACUGCAUUUGUUCAGAGUUCAAGGUCAGUGUGCCAGGUCAUACAAAUCUCGUGAAUCUCGCGAAUCUCGCUGAGCACCAAGUUGGAACCAUUGACCACACGUACGAAACUGGAAUACAAAAAUACGCCACACUGAGUGCACCCAAGUACUCAGCAAUAUGUAGGCUAUUUUGAAAAAAAAAAAAAAAGAAAAAAAAACAGCGGA